UCGCGCAUAUCAUUUAUUUAUUAAAGUUGACACCCAGAGUGUUCCAUAUAACUUACAGCCAUUUCGGUAAUGGAUACAAAAGUAACGUUGUGCUAGCGUUAAUCCUGCAUUAACCAAGAUUUAGCACAAAUUCGGAUAAAUCAAGUAAAAAAAUGUCUAUCAGUAUUGUUGGCAUUGUGUUUAUUUCUUGUCAGUGUUACAAUCCGCACCGCACUUCUUCAACGUCCCCGAUGUUAGAAUAUACAGUAUGUCCAUGGCUCAUGUCAAAGACGCACCGUGGAGGCGCACUGUGCGGGUCCAACCCAGGAUGGGAGCGGAGGUGUUAGACCCAAGAGGCCGCGUUCUGUAGUACAGAAAGAGGGCGACAAAGAACGAAGCAAACCCAGGGUUAACAUCGGUGUGGCAUGUCGGAGAUGGAGAGCACUAGAAGUAUUCAAAGGACGCAUAAGUACUGUAUGUUAGCAAGCUACCAUUAGAAAGUCAUCGAGGGCCCAAGAGCACUAUGGGUAACACUGAGAGCGUGGUGGUGCAGAAACGACUGGCCCGCUUCCGCCCCGAAGAGCGGCCUGUGGUUGAGGGAGUCUUUGACAGGCUCCAGGGUGGUGCUGGGGGCUCCUCAGGGGCCCCAGGGAAAACACAAGCAGGAAAGACUCUAACACUUAAGAUGCUUCAGUCGUCAGUGGGCAGCCUGGCACCAGAUUCCAUGGUGAGGAGGAUCUACCACUGCAUGUGUAGUAUCGACCCUGGCAUGGCAGCACACACAGCCUCUGGGAAGACUAGCGCUUCUUCUGUCUCUGGAAUAAGUCAGGAGCAAUUGGUCAUCUUCCUUGCAGACACCCUGCGUGGCACUGCUGAAGAACAGGCUCCUCUUGUCAUGACCAUGUCCCAGAAUGGAACAGGGGCAGCAAAGGUUGUCACAUGUGUGCAGGUAGAGGAGUUCCUACAGGACCUGAUCACUGCAGUAGUUCAGAUUCUGGUCACCAGAGAGCGUCUGCAGGGCUGGAGGCCAGAGAGAAUGGGUGAUAGCUCCCUGGGUGUCAAAGUCCUGGCAGAGCAUAUGUGUUCUGAACUCAGACUGUCAGAACAGGGAGAAUGUGAUGUGUCCUGUCUGGAGGACUGGAUCUUCAGGGUCUCCCAGGUCUCUUUGUACCUGGAGAUCCUGGUGGCUGAGGCCUUAAACGUGCCCCUGACUGGCCGGCCGGCCCCUACCCUGCUGCCCCCCUGCAAGGAGACACCCUGGAAGGAACUAAGGUGUCUGCUGGACCUUCCCACCCUCAUGUUUCUGGCACCACAGUUGCCAGACAGCUACAGCGCCCCCUGGAGACUUGUGUUUUCCACACAGCUGCAUGGGGAGAGCUUCACCAGGAUGGUGGCCGGCCUGACGAAGCGUGGGCCCACCCUGCUGCUCAUCAGAGACACAAAGAGUCAUGUUUUUGGCGGCUUAGCCUCCCACACCUGGGAGGUCAAACCUCAGUACCAGGGUGAUUCCAGAUGCUUCCUGUUCACUGUGUUCCCCAGACUGCGAGUUUACACGACAACAGGAUACAACCAACACUUCAUGUAUCUAAACCAGAACCAGCAGACCAUGCCCAACGGACUGGGAAUGGGCGGUCAGUAUGGCUACUUCGGCCUGUGGCUGGACAGUGAUUUUGGCUGCGGUCAUAGUCGUGCACGACCCAAGUGCACUACCUAUGGAAGCCCUCAGCUCUCUGGAGAGGAGAACUUCACCCUGGACUCGAUGGAAGUAUGGGCGGUUGGAAGACCCCCUGAACCAGAGGAGGGUGAGGAGGGAAAGGGCAAGAAGAGUAUCCUGAAUGCAGAUCUAGAGGUCCAGGCCAUGAUGGAGAUGACGGGGAAGACUCUGCACAGUCAGGGCCUCAGGGAGCCGGAGGAAGACCAGAAGUGAAGGGCAACAGGAAGACGGACCGAAACAAUCACGACGCCUUGUUGAGUCUCCCAAUUCAGCUGAUAUUGACACAUGUUGGGAUCUUAUCCUCUGACACAGCAGGAAAACAUCCACCAGUGGGGUAAUGGGGUAUAGAUGUUGUCAAAUUGCAGGAGAAGAGGAGUUUUGUGAUUGAAAGGACUUAAGAAAUCUCUGCCUGUUGCACAUGGAGCACUUAUAAUUUAGUCCCUGGAACCAUUACAACUCUCAUAACAUGCAGCAAUGAGGUCAUGUCGUACAAUGGCAUAUUUAAAACAUGGACAUGAAUAAUUUGAAUACGCUGCUGUGAUAUUCUGUGUGUAAGCAGUACAUUUCUGCAGUGUUAAGCUGCUUGAAUCAAACAAGUGCUUUCGCUUUCACUUGUGUUUCUCACCUAUGUUAACGGUGGCAGUUUGCUUAGUGUGCCUUAACUUGAUCGUGUUGGACUUUGACAGACUGUGAAUUAUUAGCAUUAAACAAGUACA